AUGUCGACUUCCCUGCAGACUUCAAGAGUCCAUCUGGAACGUCGCACUACAGAACACAUGGGAACAACAGUGUUCAUAACUGGGCGCAUUCUCCGUCCUGAGUUUGGCGCCUUCAGCUUCAGUAGAAAUGUCAAGGAUGGCCAUGUCGUGCAUGUCGGUUUCGAUCAAGACGAGAAGGUUCCUCAGGCCCGAAGAACGGCACCAAUGCUUGAUUUAUCCAACCGAGUCAGUCUGCCUGGCUUUGACGAUGGAUAUUUGCGCACCUUGAAUUUCGAAACUGGAUAG